UCGGGUUCGUAUUUCAAUGGACACAGAAAAUGAUAUCGAAGAAACUUGCAAGACCCCUGUCAACCCUAUGUAACAGAAAUUUCCUCAAUCACAGAACAUUUGACCAUGGUAAAAAUGGAAAUAACUUCACACUCAACGGAUGUUCAGCAAUUUACAUAUCUUCAAGAUUUUUAACAGUCCGUGAACUAAUUUGUGAUCCUAAACAAAAGUUUAUAGCACCCCGCUUUGGGGAUUAUAUAAUAGGACGAAUAAGAGCAUUGAUUUUCAAACUGGAACACCCUGAUUUCAAGUUUAAAGAAACAUUGCAAGGAUGUGAGCAGGCAAUGUCAAUUGUUUCAGAUUUGAUAGCAAAGAGACAGUUGGAUACACUUCAGGGAAUGAUUGACCAAGAGGUUCUGAAUCAUUUGGAGACCAAAUUGGUAACAGCUUCUUGGGUGCAUCCUGUUAUAGUGGAUCCACUUGUUAAGAAAUUUGAUUGGAUUACAUUUAAAGAAAUAAAAAAUCCAGAUACAGGGUUUUCAAAGCUGUCACUAGAUACUGUGCUGUUUCUUCACUGGGAUGAGUUUCGUUUUAUUCAUUACUAUCAAUUUCAACGAUAUUUUGUUGGUGGCCCAAACCAAGAUUGGAUAAUUACAAACAUUUCAAUUCUAAGGAUGGACUUAUGAUUGAGCCUUAUGAGGAACCAUUAUAAAAAUUUGUAGUUACAGAAUGGAGUAAUGUCAAACUAUUGGACCUGUGGUGCUUGAUAUUUUAUUAAAAAUGAAUAAUUAAGAAAA